UUUCCCAGAUGAAUCUGCUAAGAAAGUGAUUACAGGUGUAACCACAGGCACCUUUCUUUUUGUUGUGGCAAUAAUGAUGUCCAUCAGAAAAUACCGUGACUACAAAUCAGAUAAAAUUGAAAAAGAAAACCAAGUAAGGAUUCUAAAGUUCUUAGAUGACUACAAAUCCCUCAAGCCCUCAAGGUACACAUUUGCUGACAUUAAGCGGAUUACAAAUCAAUUUAAGGAAAAACUUGGACAAGGAGGGUAUGGUAGUGUGUACAAAGGAAAGCUUUCCAAUGAAAUUCUAGUUGCUGUUAAGGUAUUCAACAAUUCCACCGGAAAUGGAGAGGACUUCAUUAAUGAAGUUGGCACCAUCGGUACGAUUCAUCACAUAAAUGUGGUUCGCCUAGUUGGUUUCUGCGCAGAUGGAUAUAGACGAGCUCUUGUCUAUGAAUUUUUGCAAAAUGAAUCACUAGAGAAGUUCAUCUUUUCAAGAGAUACUAAGAGACCAGUCCUUGGUUGGGAGAAACUUCAAGAUAUAGCUAUUGGCAUAGCAAAAGGAUUAGAAUACCUUCAUCAAGGGUGUGAUCUACGUAUUCUUCAUUUUGAUAUUAAACCUCAUAAUAUCUUAUUAGACGAGAACUUCAACCCUAAGAUCUCUGAUUUUGGUCUCGCAAAAUUAUUUUCCAAGGACGAGAGUGCCAUCUCCAUGACUGCAGCAAGAGGGACAAUAGGAUAUAUUGCCCCUGAAGUGUUUUCUAGGAACUUUGGUCAUGUUUCUCAUAAAUCAGAUGUUUAUAGUUUUGGAAUAGUGUUGCUUGAAAUGGUUGGUGGGAGAAAGAACAUUGACAACACUGUAGAGAACACUAGCCAAGUGUACUUCUCCCAAUGGAUCUAUAAUCAUCUGAGCCAUGGGAAAGAGUUGGAAAUCAAGAUAGAUGAAGAUGGAGAUGCUAGCAUUGCUAAGAAGCUAACAAUUGUGGCACUUUGGUGUAUACAGUGGUACCCAGUUGAUCGUCCUUCAAUGAAAGCAGUGGUUCAGAUGUUGGAAGGAGAUAGAGAGAGCUUGAUCAUGCCACCCAAUCCUUUUAACUCUGCAAUGCCUGCAAACACUAAUGUAGCUAAUAGUGAAAGUCCCCUCUGCACAAAGUUACCAAUCAUCUCUGAAUAAGGAUGUGGACAAUAUCUUGCUGUUCUCUUUGAUAUUGAUAUAAGUUAGUUUGCAUGGCUGAACUUCUACUCAUCACUCAUUUCAGCUAUUUUGUUUAAGGAGCUUUGAAAUAGAUGAAUGGUCUAAGAUUUUAUCAAUUUGGUCUACAUAAAGAA